CUGCCUCGCCUGAUCAUAUGUCUUCACACGUUUCAAUUCAACCUCAGACGCCCAAAAUUGAUCCAGAUCUCCAAACGCAGGAGCAGAUUUCCCGAUCGAUCAUUAAUGACUACCUUGCACCCUUCCCUUCCAAGUUUGAAGAUCUACGAGUUCGUUCUCUCCGACGCUCAAGGAACUCACACUGUUAUAUAAAAUGUCAAGAUUUGGACCAAACUCCUGAAUUAAGUGGAGAGAGAUGUUUCCUAUGUAAGAGGGAUCUUUCAUUCAAACCAGAAGGCUCACUUGUCCUUCCAAAGAUCCUACCUGCUGUGGCUGUACUGCCAUGUCGCCACGUGUUUCAUGACCUCUGUUUGGAACGCAUCACUCCUCAAGACCAAUCUGAAGAUCCUCCCUGUAUUCCUUGUGCCGUUGGGGAGACUUGAUUUCUGCAAACCAUAUUUGUCAGUCACUAAUCUCCUCUUAUUUCUCUGUCUCAGAAAAUUUUGCAACUUUUAGGUCCAAAACAUAGAGAACUGCGAUAGAAAUUCCUUGAGAAGAGUAAAUUGAGAUGGGUUUAACUUUGUAUAUAGGCAGGCAAAUGGCUUCGUAGAGAACUU